ACUCUUCCACUUGCCUCACAGCUUGCCUAAUACCAGAAAAAAUAAAAUAAAUUACUUUCUCAUAACAGGUCCUCUUCCUCUUCAAUCUUUAGGAUGCGCAGCAUGGCCAGUUCCGCGUCUUCUAGAGGCAUAGUCGCCAUUGUUGGCGUCGGCCCCAAGCUCGGCCGCUGCAUCGCCCGCAAGUUCGCCCACGAAGGCUACACCGUCGCCAUCCUCGCACGCGACCUAGAGAGGUUAUCGAGGUUCGCGGACGAGAUAGCGAGAGAGGAAAAGGCCCAAGUGUUCGCCAUCAGAAUCGACUGCUCCGACUCCAGAAGCGUAAGAGAGGCAUUCGAAGGUGUGCUAUCUCUUGGAUUUGUGGAAGUACUAGUCUACAAUGCGUACCAGCCGGUGCCCUGGCAUCCCACCAACUUCACCGACAUCCACAUCGAUUCCUUCCAGAAAUCACUCGCCGUUUCCUCCAUCGGCGCCUUCCUUUGCGCUCAACAGGUGAUUCCGGGAAUGGUGGACAGAAAGAAGGGCACGAUUCUCUUCACCGGAUGUUCGGCUUCGCUGAAUGGCAUUGCCGGCUACUCCGAAUUAUGUUGCGGAAAAUUCGCCUUGAGAGCUCUAUCACAAUCUCUGGCGAGGGAGUUUCAGCCACUGGGCGUACACGUGGCCCAUGUUAUCAUCGAUGGUGUGGUCGGCCCACCCAGGGCGGGAACAUCAGGGUCGCAAAGAUCGUCAGUUGGGGAGCACCAGAGCGGAGGAGGGGACGGGUCUAUGGACCCAGAUGCGGUGGCUCAAACCUACUGGCACUUGCACAUUCAGGACCGGGCCGCUUGGACCCAGGAGAUCGACCUUCGUCCUUGCCCCCACAGGCUCUUCUAGUUCUACUCCCUCUUUAUAGUUUUCACCUACUUUGUUUGUCGUUACACUAUUUCAUUCUUCCUCCUCACGCCCCCCCCCUCCCCCUUUUUCCAAUUUUUUUCCCCUAAGGUACAAGCAGCCCUCAGCCUUAAGCUGAUAAGCAAUGUAUGCUAAGAAGCAAGACCGCUCACGUGCUUGCCAAUCACUAAUCCCAUGAGUGAUUGGUGGUGUGCACUGUGGGGUCUCAUAUAUACUUUUCAGAGUUGGUCCAGGGCGUGAUUUCAACGCGGUUCUUUUGUAAGGGUCAAUGACGGCUCCGCUGAGUCCCACACCAACAGCCCCAGCCCCAUCCCCUUGGUUAAACUUGUCUCGUGCCUAUGCUUAGUAAUUUGUAUUUUGGUGGUUGUUUUUCUUUUAUUACGUGAGACUGUGCAUAAUAUGUGUGAUUUUAAUGAUGAAGGAUGAAGAAUUUGUGAGAAUGUACA